UCGCUGGCUCGAUCCCAACUUCCUGGAUCGCUGGUGUGGAACGGCGGAUACUUGCGAGAACUGGGCACCACCCACUCAUUCGUCCACCUUCCCUUCCCAGCACAACUGCGAAGAAAACCGACGUCUUGGAGAAAUCGAAUGCCGAGGGGCUGAUGGCCCAAGCGUCUGUGGGUGGUCCCGGUGGGGUUAUUGAAGAAGUGGAGAUCCCCAAGGGCGCUCAGACCCUAUCGUUUUGACAAGAGAGACGAGAAGGAGCGGUUCUGGCGAAAGUUCCUCCCUUCUUCUGACACAAAACAGUUUCUCCACCAUUCGCUCCCGGGCUCCCAAAUCACCCCGUCGUCAUGAUGCAUGAAGGAUCGCUGGUUGCGCCGAGAGCGCGGAGAACGCCCCCUACUUUGUCCAAACGAACGUCUCCCCGUUUCGACUAGGAGACUAGUUAGCCGGGCCCUCGCAGUGCGUCGCCAGUCACAUCUCGUCUCCGAGAAACGCCACAUACUUCGCUUCUAUGCAAUACCGGCCGCCGCUGCCCCCAUCCAGCAUCGUCCGGCUGAUUUCGCCAUCACCCCAUCCGUCAUGCCGCCAUUCCGCUGCUCGAAGAAAAUAAGACGGGGGCUCGCGGCCCAUCCGUGUGCAGUCGCCAAGACACGAGGUGCAGGAGCUGAGCUUGCUCCAUCAACGGGCAGAGCAACAGCCGAGUUCAAGACACGUGGGAACGCUGCGGCAGUCCAGAAACGAGCCCUGGUUGGCCCCCCGUGCUCGGCUUGUUGUGAACUGAACUCUCCAUCUGACCCCGAUUCAGCUGAUCUUUUCACUGCCACUGUCACUGCCGCCGCCGGCCGGGCAAUGACAAAGACCGACAGCUCGCGAGCAGACCGAGGGGUGGUGCAGUGGAGAAACCCCCCACUCACCGGACGUCCUUUGCAAACCAACACACAAAAUGGUGGAUGCUAGAGCGGCAUCGCUGGUGGCUCGAGACUGCUUUCCACAGGACAGUAAUCAUCCGAAAUUCGACGAGAGGUGGCUUAAUAUUGCCCUCUCAUCGAGGACCUGCAUCUCUCUUCUUUGGAACCGGCUCACUCGCCACGCAUUACUGGACCGUCCAAUACAUUCCGUGGGUGUAAAUUACCGUGCAUACAUGGCAGAACCAACGGCGCCAGACACGGGUUCAGCCGCGCCAG